ACAUCACCAGCAUUGUGUCGAGAAAUCCUGCCCUUGGUGAAGAGGCAGCAGCUCUUCCAUCUACCAGUUCCAGCAUCCUGACUGGCACAACUAUACAGUCUACACAGGCUGGGAAAUCAUUAGUGGAGUCAUUUAGAAAAUUUAGGGAUGUUAAAGAAAGGGAGAGAAAGGCCUUUUUUUCAAAGAAACACCAGGAACAGAAGGAACAUAAACCAGUGAAGAUACAGAUUGGCAUCAUGACAAGGACCAGUGAUGGUAUAAGACCUGUUCGAGGAAAGUCACUUCCGGUUGAUGUUCAUUCUCACUGGUCAACUGAGCAAGUCUUGUCUGCCAGCGUGAAAAAACAUAAGGACUUUAACCAGGACAUGGCCGAUGGACCCUAUGUACUGCUAUACCCUGAUGCAAGGGAAGUUAGCACAAUUCCUGGAACCAACACCCCUUUCACCAUCCAAAAAUACAAGGAUGCCAUAGGGAAGGCCUAUCAAAGAAUAACUCUCUACAUUUGUAACCAUGAUGACUUCUUAAAUACUGAUUGCAACACAGAGUGUGAAUCUGAAGAGGACAAUGAAGUUCAAGUAAAAGUAGUAGAAAGCCCACUGUCGGACACUGUGGUAUGGGAUUUUCCAGAUAAUCACAGCACGCCGGAAACAGCACCUUCAACAAAUAGGGGGUCAAACUUGCAAACUUCUUCUAAAACUCAAGGUCCCUGCUACAGCACAUACACAACUGUUUAUGCACCGAUUGUAAUUGAUAGUGACUCAGACAAAGAAGUUCUCAUCGAAAAGGAUGAGAGUGAAACACAAAGUACAAAUGGCCUGACUGCUGCAGAAGUACUUGAAGAGCUGGCGUCUAAGACAAUAAAAACAUCUGUCAGCAGAUUUAAUAUAAACAGGGCAAAUGUUUGGGAUGGAGCAGCUCGGGGCUUUAGACGUGUGUCUUACAAACCAACUGAUGAUAUACUUGUGAAGUUCAGCGAUGACGCAGGACAGCAUGAAGAUGGAAUGGAUAAUGGUGGUCCUAAACGUGAAUUUUUGACAUUAUUUAUGAAAUGCCUUAGAUCACGACGAAUCUUUGAUGGACCCGAGGACAGCAAAUUUCUUACAUUUGACAAUGCUGGUAAGAAAUUUAUAACUCAUCCCUUGGGGGAUGAAUGUGCUGCCAGCAGUGGCUAUUGA